AUGAAUUUGUCCCAAAACAAAGAGGCAAUUGAGAAAAAGGAAGGAAAUCUUGAGCAAGGAGAAGAUGAGAACAAGGACCUGGAGACUCAAGUGCAUGAAGCUUGUCGAACGGGGAAUGCCGAGGACUUAAAGCUGUUACUGGAUGCCGAUCCUGAGGUAGCUAGCAAGCUUAACACUAAAGACAAGAGUGCACUUUCCUUGGCUUGCAGCCAUGGCCACCUUGAUAUGGUGAAGCUCUUGCUCAAUGAGCCUGGGAUGCUUGGUUCAGGCAAAGAUGGAUUUGAUCAAACAUGUAUCCAUGUGGCUGUUUCUGGUGGGCAAAUAGAUGUUGUUAAAGAGUUGCUCGGAGUGCGUCCUGACCUUGCUCAUAUGGUUGACGAGAAUGGAAAUUCGCCGUUGCACUACGCAGCCAGCAAAGGACAGAGAGAGAUAACCUGGAUGCUCCUGAGGCUUGAUCCAAAACUUGCUGAGCAACACAAUAACAAUGGUCACACACCACUGCACUUGGCAGCAAUAAAUUACAAAGUUUCAGUCCUUCAAUUGUUUGUGUCCAUGGCUAAACCAUCUUUCCAAAUUGUCACAAAAGCCGGAGAGAUGGUAUUUCACUUGGCUGUGAGAUAUGGCCGAUAUGAUGCCUUGGUGUACUUGACCCAUGUCUGCAACGAUAUCGAGUUCUUUGAUUGUCGAGAUAUUUAUGGCAACACCAUCUUACAUCUUGCAGUUUCUGAAGCACAACAUAAGAUAGCAGAGUACCUAAUCAGCAAAAAAAAAGUGGCACUUAAUUCUCGGAACAAUAAAGGAAUCACAGCACUUGACAUCCUCAAUGAGGCCAAGGACAGUGUAGAAAAUCGGCGUCUUGGAGCUAUGCUUGUAAAGUCAGGAGGUGAAACGAGGAUUGAGCUGUUAUCUCAUUCACCAAAAGUAGAAACAGCCAGUGCUCAGUCAGUAGUACUUGAAAACAUGCAGAAAAGAGCUCAAUUUGUUAAAGAGCAUGAAUUGCAGUUAGCCAUUAUAAAUGAAGUAGCUUCUCCUGCAUCCAAGACCCCAUCUAGUUUAUCACCACCCAAGUCUAGAAAGCCAUCUAAUUUGCCAUCACCUCAAUCUAGCAAGUCAUCACCUAAGCUGCCAUCCCCGCAAUCUAGCAAGUCAUCACCUAAGAUGCCUUCUCCACAAUCUAGCAAGUCAUCACCUCAACAUCAAGUUGGGGAGGGAUUUGAUUUUGAAACACAAAAUGCAGAGCCCUUGUUGCCAACCAUUGUGAGGCAACACAAGCAUCCUAGUAAGAGGCACCAGACCGAACUGAGUCAGAUUUUCUAUAACCCGCGAAGGAAACAUCAUAAGGUAUAUACAGAGGCACUACAAAAUGCCAGGAACACUAUAACACUAGUUGCCAUUUUGAUUGCAACGGUUACUUUUGCUGCUGGUAUCAGCCCCCCUGGUGGUGUCUAUCAGGACGGACCAAUGAAAGGGAAGUCAAUUGCAGGUAGAACAACUGCUUAUAAGGUCUUUGCAAUAAGCAAUUAUGUUGCAUUGUUCACAUCGCUGGCAAUAGUCGUUGUUUUAGUAAGUAUCAUCCCGUAUCGGAGAAAGCCAUUGAUAAGACUAAUGGCAUAUGCUCACAAGGUCAUGUGGGUAGCUGUGGCAUUCAUGGCGACAGCUUAUGUUGCAGCAACAUGGGUGAUCAUGCCGCAUAGUCAGAAGAAAGAAGUGGUGCUUGUAGCUUUAUUGGCUGUGAGCAUUGGCACUCUCGGAACAGUUUUUAUUGGUCUAGGUGUAAUGCUAGUUGAUCAUUGGUUGCAGAAGUCGAAGUGGAGAAAAGGAAGAAGAGAAAGAGGGGUGGCUAUUGAGGAUCCUGAAAUGGGAAGCCCAAACUCAGAUGUUGAGAGCUCCUACAAUCAGGGAUACCACUCAUACUGA